CGGAAGAAACCCCCUCCGGAAGAAACCCCCUUCGCUAAAAACGGCAGGGCGGAAGAAACCCCCUUUCAUAGUUUGCAUACGCGGAAGAAACCCCCUCGCUAGUUUUGCAUAGGCGGAACAAACCCCCUUCGAGUUUUCAGACAGGCGGAAUAAACCCCCUUCCAUAGCGGAACAAACCCCCUUCCAGACGAUUUAGUUACAUUUAAACGCACGGUAAUUGUUUACAGAAAUUCACUUUCAUUUUCAGAAAGUUCUCGGGAAGCACGUUUUUUUGCAUGAUUCAAUUUUUUUUAAAGACGAAUGCUUCGGUUAUUAUAGGAAAAUAUGUACGAAAUAUCUUCGUCACUAUCGGCUCUGGGCGCUAUUUUUGUGUGUUUGUUAUUUUUAUCAAUCUAGUACAAGUUAACGCAUAUAAAAUGGUAUAAUCUCACGGAAACGCGUGCAAGACAAAUUCACACGAGCAUCUCAUCAUUAACAACUUGUGAACAUACGGCCGGUACACCUCUUUACUCAGCACAUAACAGUUUGGAAAUAGAUAUUCGCACCUGCAUUUAAUUAUAUUAAAGGUCCUUUAAUGUACCGGCUAUUGUAGAUAAUGAUGAGAAGUUGUGUCAUGAUCGGCGCCUUUGCGGCUCGUGUGAAGUUAUGUACAGUUUUUUUUUAAUUACAUUUGCUCGAUUAAUUGGUAUGUAUAUAUAUACACAUCGUUGGUAUCUCGAAUAUAUCAAUAAUGGAGAUCAUCAAGAACAACAAGGGUGGGCAGAAGUUGUGUUACAAGGGGUACUGCUACACGAAAAAAGCAAAGUCAGCGGUUAGCCAGCGUUGGGAGUGUGACCAACGGGGUUCACAGAAAUGCCGUGCUAUUGCUACCACUGAUCUAGAGCUCACCGUAGUGAAGUCAGUGACAGAGCACACCCAUGCCGCCGACAUGUUCAAGGUCAGUGCACUGAAGGUCAGAGAAGAGAUUUGGUCCGGUUUGUCAGGAAGUCGUGGAACCACCGGUCAAAUUGUCGUUGACAAAUUGGCUCAGCAACCAGCCGAGAUACGGGUGGCUGCUGGAACGCUUGAGACCUUGAAAAGGACGGCUCGGAAGAGGAAGCGAGAGGACACCCCAGCAGAGCCCAAGAGUGCGUCAGACAUCCCAAUUCCGUUGCCCGAGGAGUAUCGAAAGACCCUUAUCUUUGACAACGAGUCUGCAGCGCGCAUUCUAAUAUUUGCCUCAGAGGAUGGUCUUCGCCUCCUAGACAAUGCCGACACCUGGUUCCUCGAUGGCACCCACUCGUCAGGUAUGACAGGCUGCUUCUACCACCUCACACAGUCGACCUGGCGCCGGAUCCAGAGUGAGGGGCUUCAACGUCUGUACAGAGAAGACAGCAUCGUCAGACACUUCUGCGGCAUGCUUGACGGACUGGCAUUCCUUCCCGUGGCUGACGUCAAGGAGGGGAUGCGGGUGCUACAGGAGUCCAUCCCAGACGGGCUUGAGAGUUUGGUCGAGUACUUCGACUCGACUUACGUAAAUGGAACUUACAGAAUGGUGAUGUCUGACAACCGAAUGAAGUUCCGGAGGACAGCGCCGAGAUUCCAGCCUGCAGUGUGGAAUGUACACGACAGUACGAUGGCCGGUCGUGAGAGGACGAACAACGUAUGUGAAGGGUGGAACAACGGUUUCGGCAAGUUGGUUGGCCACAAAAACCCGUCAAUCUGGACAGCCAUCAAGUGUAUAGAAGGCGAUGCGGCGAUGGUGGAGGCUGAUGUAAUGCGACAUGCGAGAGGCCAGCAGUCAUCCAAACAGAAAAGGAAAAUCAGGACGGCUCAUCAAAUAACGCUGUUGACUUUGUGUCAACAAUACAGCACUGGUGAGAAGACCAUCCGUGAGUUCCUGAAGGCCAUCGGCUAUAGCAUUCGGCUAUAAUUGAGUGAUUUUAGGGAAUGCUUUGAUCUUUGUAAAUAAAUGUAAAUAUAUGCCUGUUUAUCGUUAAUAAAUGCGUGUCUUUUUUCAACAACAAAUUGUUUGUUGCUUUUUAAUAUAUGCUUGUUUGAGAUCUUUGUAAAUAAAUGUAAAUAUAUGCCUGUUUUAUCAUUAAAUGCGUGUCCUUUUUUUUGCAAUAACAAUUUGUUUAAUGUUUUCUAGUAUAUGCUUG